CACAAACAUAUAUACACAAUCUGCCUAGACUUCCUUGUCUGUCUGCAUUCCCCUCUCUAGCAGAGCACAAAUCUCACUCUACAAAUGUGGCUGCCAUUGCUGCUGUUUGGCCUCUUUCAGCCCUUGUUGGGCUAUGAAAUUGACUGGAACAAGUUAGAAAAGAUGGCACGGGCAAAGGUGGAGUCAUGUGGCGGAUGACAGCUCAACAGGCUGAAAGAGGUGAAGGCCUUCGUUCAGGAGGACAUCCCUCUUUAUCACAACCUUGAGAUGAAGCAUAUACCUGGUGCAGACCCUGAACUAGUACUUAUAUCCUCCCACUAUAAGGAACUGGAGAGGAUUCCACUCACUGAAAUGAAGAGAACUGAAAUUAACCAGCUCUUAAAGGAUCUGGGGUUUUAUAAGAAAGAAAGCCAAGAUGCUCCUGUGCCUGCAGAAUUUCAGAUGGCACCUGCAAAGACUUUUAAGCAGGAAACACUAGAGAGUGAAGAGGGGAAAGUCAAGGAGGAGGAUACCAAGGAAGAGUUGUAG